UGUAGAUUGUUGCAGCUUUUACAAGAAGAGGAAAUGGAUUCCAAAUCUGUGGAAGAGCUUUCUUGUCCCAUUUGCUGUGAAAUCUUCCAGGAUCCUGUUCUUCUGUCCUGCAGUCACAGUUUUUGUAAAGAGUGUCUUCAACAGUUCUGGAGAACCAAGAAGACUCAGGAGUGUCCUGUCUGCAGAAGAAGAUCGUCAAAAGGCCUGCCUCCACGUAAUCUAGCGUUAAAAAACUUGUGUGAUUCACUGAUAAAGGAGCGAAACGAGAGGCGCUCAUCAGGAUCUGAGGAGAUCUGCAGUUUACACAGUGAGAAACUCAAACUCUUCUGUCUGGAGGACAAACAGCCGGUGUGUUUAGUGUGCAGAGACUCAGAGAAACAUGUCAAUCACACAUUCAGACCCAUCAGUGAAGUGCUUCCAUCUCACAAGGAGGAACUGAAUACAGCACUGACAUCUUUACAAAACAAGCUCAAACAUACAAAGAAAAUGAAAGCAAAGUGUGAUAAAACGGUUCAACACAUCAAGUCUCAAGCUGAGCACACAGAGCGUCAGAUUAAAGAGGAGUUUGAGAAGCUUCAUCAGUUUCUCAGAGAUGAAGAAGAAGCUACAAUCACUGCACUGAGGGAGGAAGAGGAGCAGAAGCAGCAGAUGAUGAAGGAGAAGCUGGAGGAGAUGAACAGACACAUCUCAGCUCUUUCACACACAAUCAAAGACACGGAGGAGAUGAUGAAAGCCAGCGAUGCCUGCUUUCUGAAGAACUUUAGCAUCACGAUGGAAAGAGUCCAGAUCUCACAGCCGGAUCCACAGAUCAGUUCUGGAGCUUUGAUUCAUGUGUCGCAUUACUUGAGUGACCUGCGGUUCAGAGUCUGGAAGAAGAUGCAGGAAACUCUCCAACACACUCCAUUGACUCUAGAUCCAAACACAGCACAUCCUCGGCUCACACUCUCUUCUGAUUUGACCAGUGUGUCGUACAGUGAUUUACGUCAACAUCUUCCUGCUAAUCCAGAGAGGUUUGACAAGUAUCUAUGUGUUCUGGGUUCUGAGGGCUUUAACUCAGGAACACACUGCUGGGAUGUGGAGGUUGGAGACAAUACUAACUGGAGUGUUGGAAUAACCACAGCAUCAAACCAAAGGAAGGGAGAGGUUUUCUUUAACACUAAUGUCUGUCUUGUGCAGUACAUGAACAGUAAAUACAGCUCACAAUCACCAGAUCAACCUUUGACUGUCUUCACAGUUAAAGAGAAGCUGCAGCGUGUGAGAGUUCAGCUGGACUGUGACAGAGGAAAGGUGUCCUUCUCUGAUCCUCUAACUAACAUCUGUCUCUGCUCAUUCACAACAACCUUCACAGAAACUGUCUUCCCAUUCUUAUAUAACUACUGCAAAACUUCCCCUCUGAGGAUCUUACCAGUUAAACUGAUUGUAACAACAGAAAAUCACAGUUAAAUCUCAUUCUGCUUUUAGAUAAAUUAAGGUACAAGAAUUUGUUGUUUUCAUUGUUUUGCAUUUUAUGGUUAUUAUGGUAACUAAUGGAUAUUAAACAACACAUAUCUGAAAAUAUAUGAAAUUAUAUUUUUAGGUAAAAAACAAACAAACAAACAAACAGAAGUAGCAAUAGAUUUUCUUUCUGUGUAUUGACCU